AAGGUCACGCAGCUGGUUCUCCAUCACCCAACUCCAUGCUUCGAAUCCUGCUCUCUGCCCAUGCCUCCCCUGCCCGGCUGUCUGGCCUGCUGCUGAUCCCGCCAGUACAGCCCUGCUGUUUGGGGCCCAGCAAGUGGGGGAACCGGCCUCUUGGAGGAGGCCCCCAAGCAAGCCCUGUGCAAGGACUGCAGCGGCUUCUGGAACAGGCGAGGAGCCCUGGGGAGCUGCUUCGCUGGCUGGGCCAGAACCCCACCAAGGUGCGCGCCCACCAUUACCCUGUGGCGCUUCGUCGUCUGGGCCAGCUCUUGGGGUCUUGGCCGCGGCCCCCUCCUGUGGAGCAGGCCACACUGCAAGACUUGAGUCAGCUCAUCAUCCGAAACUGUCCCUCCUUUGACAUUCACACCAUCCAUGUGUGUCUGCACCUUGCAGUCUUACUUGGCUUUCCAUCAGAUGGGCCCCUGGUGUGUGCCCUGGAACAGGAGCGAAGGUUUCGCCUCCCUCCGAAGCCACCUCCCCCUCUGCAGCCUGUCCUCCGUGGUGGGCAAAGGUUGGAAGCUGCUCUGAGCUGUCCCCGUUUCCUGCGGUAUCCACGGCAGCAUCUGAUCAGCAGCCUGGCAGAGGCAAGGCCAGAGGAACUGACACCCCACGUGAUGGUGCUCCUGGCCCAGCACCUGGCCCGGCACCGGUUGCGAGAGCCCCAGCUUCUAGAAGCCAUUGCCCACUUCCUGGUGGCCCAGGAAGCACAGCUCAACAGCAAGGUGGUACAGAAGUUGGUCCUGCCCUUUGGGCGGCUAAACUACCUGCCUCUGGAACAGCAGUUUAUGCCCUGCCUUGAGAGGAUCUUGGCUCGGGAAGCAGGGGUGGCACCCCUGGCCACAGUCAACAUCUUGAUGUCACUGUGCCAGCUGCGGUGCCUGCCCUUAAGAGCCCUGCACUUUGUCUUUUCCCCGGGUUUCAUCAACCACAUCAGUGGCACCCCUCACUCUCUGAUUGUGCGUCGCUACCUCUCCCUGCUCGAUACGGCCGUGGAGCUGGAGCUCCCAGGAUAUCGGGGUCCUCGCCUUCCCCGAAGGCAGCAAGUUCCCAUCUUCCCCCAGCCACUCAUCACCGACCGUGCCCGCUGCAAGUACAGUCACAAGGACAUAGUAGCUGAGGGGCUGCGCCAGCUGCUCGGGGAGGAGAAAUACCGCCAAGACCUGACUGUGCCUCCAGGCUACUGCACAGACUUCCUGCUAUGUGUCAGCAGCUCUGGUGCUGUGCUUCCCGUGAGGACCCAGGACCCCUUCCUACCAUACCCACCAAGGUCCUGCCCGCAGGGCCACGCUGCCUCUAACCCCACUACCCGCGACCCUGCCCAAAGAGUGGUGCUGAUGCUGCGUGAGCGCUGGCAUUUCUGCCGCGACGGCAGGGUGCUGCUGGGCUCCCGGGCCCUGAGGGAGCGGCACCUGGGCCUGAUGGGCUACCAGCUCCUGCCGCUGCCCUUUGAGGAACUGGAGUCCCAGAGAGGCCUGCCCCAGCUCAAGAGCUACCUGAGGCAGAAGCUCCAGGCCUUGGGCCUCCGCUGGGGGCCUGAAGGGGGGUGAGGGUCCAUGGCCCCCCUGUGGGGGGCGGACAAUUUGCACUUUGGCUCCCUAUGUUUUGGCUUUUCAUUAAAGUCCUUUUCCUUCCCCA